AAUUGGAUUUUUAGCAUUUAUAGAAAUAGUUAUCAACUGUACUGUAGGGAUGGAACAUAAAUCGCAAAAAAUUGAGGUUUUGGUGGCAGCUGCAGAGAGGUAUUUCGGUGUGCCAGACUUGACAUCAGAAGAGUUCCAGGGUUUGGUGGUGUCCCAUCCGUUCACUGGUGGUGUCCCAUCCGUUCAAGUUGUUGGCCUGAGGUAGGACUAAAUAGAUUAAAAUAGUGUAGUAGGGUGGUGUUACAUUUUAUAAUUUAAAAAAUUGUGAGUGCAGUGUUAGAUGGUAGGGUAUUUGUUUGUUUAUUUUUUCAACGAAAGUAUAAGGGAGAUGUACUCCAGUCUAGUAGCUGGCGGUAAUGCAACAUUUUAAUGGACGCCAACUGCCGUUAAACCUCAUCAAAGAAGAAGAAUCCGACCAUAGAAGUAAACAUGGCAGACGACAAUCCCGUAGCGGAUGUUCAACUGCCUCCAGCUUCUGAAAUCAGGAAGCCUCGUCCUAAAAAAGCGCCUGAGCUCCCUAUUUUGGAGAGAAGAAACUGGCUCAUCCACCUUCACUACAUCCGUAAAGACUAUGAGACCUGUAAGUCAAUCAUCAAAGAGCAGCUACAAGAAACCGGGGGGAUGUGUGAAUAUGCCGUCUAUGUACAAGCUUUAAUCCUUCGCCUGGAAGGGAAAAUCCAGCAGUCACUGGACCUGUUCCAGAGCUGUGCAAUACUCAACCCUGGCAGCUCGGAUAACCUCAAACAAGUGGCCAGAUCCCUAUUUCUCCUUGGUAAGCAUAAGGCUGCCAUAGAGGUUUACAAUGAGGCUUCACAGCUCAAUGAGAAAGACUGGGAGAUCAGCCACAACUUAGGUGUGUGCUACAUCUAUACCAAAGACUUCAACCAUGCAGAAGAGCAGUUGAACAUCGCCCUGGAGUUGAGUAAGCACGACCUGACCUACAUGAUGCUGGGAAAGAUUCACCUGCUGGAAGGGGACACUGAUAAAGCCAUCGACGUGUACAGAAGUGCUGUUGAGUUUUCUCCUGAAAACACGGAUCUUCUCACCACUCUUGGCCUGCUAUACAUGCAACAAGGCAAAUAUCAGAAAGCCUUUGAACACCUUGGGAAUGCCCUGACGUAUGACCCCAACAACUUUAAGGCCAUCCUGGCAGCUGGCAGCAUGAUGCAGACGCAUGGGGACUAUGAUGUUGCCAUGAAUAAGUACCGCGUGGCAGCUUAUGCUGUACCUGAGAGCUCACCCCUCUGGAAUAACAUUGGCAUGUGCUUCUUCGGAAACAAGAAAUAUGUGGCGGCCAUCAGCUGUCUGAAGAGGGCCAACUACCUGUCUCCGUUUGACUGGAAAAUCCUGUACAACCUGGGCCUGGUACAUCUCACCAUGCAACAGUAUGCCUCAGCCUUCCACUUCCUCAGUGCUGCCGUCAACCUGCAGCCAAAGAUGGCAGAGCUCUAUAUGCUGCUGGCAGUUGCACUUACUAAUAUGGAUGACGGGGAGAAUGCCAAGCGAUCAUACGAGCAAGCAGUGUUGUUGGAUGACUGUAACCCCUUGAUCAAUCUGAAUUUCGCAGUCCUGUUGUACAAUCAAGGAGACAAAAAAGGAGCCACAGAUCAGUACCUGGAGAUGGAGAGUAAAGUGAUGGAAAGCAGCCAUAAUGCAGAAUUUGACCCAGAGCUCAUUGAGAUGGCCCAGAAGUUGGCAUCUGCUCUCCAGGUGGGAGAGACCUCGGUGUGGACCAAGCCAGGCUCUAAGGCUCCACCCAAGUCCACCUCCACGCCGCUAGAUGAAGAGCAUGAUGUGGAGAAUGCCCCUUCCCCUCCCCUAGGGGACCCUGAGUCAGAGGAUCCCAAAGCCAAAGAGAAGAAGAGCAAGUCUAAACCUGUGGCUGAGUAGGGUCCAUGAUCCACUGCUAUGAAUAGCACAUUACAGUUGAAUAGUAUGUACUGUAUUGGGGUUGGAUUGUUAAUUGCAUGUUUAAAAUGUUUUGAAUAAAAGUAGGGGGAGACGUUACAGUGCAUACAGAAAGUAUUCAGACCCCUUGACUUUUUCCACAUUUUGUUAGGUUACAGCCUCAUUCUAAAAUGUAUUAAAUCGUUUUUUCCCUCAUCAAUCUACACACAAUACCCCAUAAUGACAAAGCGAAAACAGUUUUUAUUUUAUUUUAGCAAAUCUAUUACAAAUAAAAAACUGAUACCACAUUUACA